AUGACCUUCCUUAUCAACGCCCUACCCUCCAAGCACCCCUUGCUCGCGUCGAUUUUGUUUUGUGACGUCCAAAUGGCCGCGCAUCUCCGCUCCAAAGUGACCUUGCUUUCAACCACCAUGCAGCCGACGGGCAUCCCACCUCGCGUUGGCCUCCAUUUGCAGCUAGAGACGAACUUGGAAGCUAUCCGCGCGCUCCCAAACGAAGUUCGGGAGGGUGUUGCGAAGCUUCUCGAAGACAAAGGUGUCACAGCAGGCAACAUUACCCAGUCCUUGCUCGAGGAGUUCUUGAAGAAGUCCGUCAACGACGUGUUGGCGACGACACAGCCACUCAAUACCGUCACGAUCCCAGCCGUAUCCGACAACUUGCCCGUCCACCCUGUUCACUUCUGGGGUGGCCGGUGGCACCUGCUCCCUGAAGAUUUCGAGCUGCCAUCCGUUGAUGUGGCCACUGGCUGGCACCUUUGGUGGUGCGGGUCACAAGGCCGGGGGGUUCCUGCUCUGUUCAAACUACACUCCAGGGACUUGACGAGGAAGCAUGCCAAGAUCCUUUGCGAAUGGAGCUUUGCAGUUGGUGAGUUGCAGCAUUGCUACAAAACUGCGUUGGGUGACAACAUUCCAGGCCCAUACACCUCGCCAACAAUUAUUGCUGCGUUCAGUACCAUCACGGAGAACUUGCCGCUGUCUUGGGACCGGACUCAACUCGGACGUCAGCGUCGUUUGUCUCAAAUGAAGAUGGACGACAAUGGGGACUACCGUUGCCCAAAAUGUGACGCCAAGUACAACGAAAACCAAAAAGACGCUUUGCGCAUGCACUGCGCCCGGCAGCACUCCGGCGAGUCUGUCGUCUUCAAGGCAACACGAUCGGCUGCUGAGAAGCAAGCGAUGCCCCGCGAACGAAAACUGAAGUGGGAGGCCAAGCAAACGGCAAAGUCUCCUGUGAAAGCUCCACGCGAAUUGUUCACGUUGCGUGAUGCGAAAAAGCGAGGUGUCUAUGGGGCUCAGAAGCCAAUCGUCUACACCGCCGAAUCGACGAUUCCAAACGCGGGAAUCGGCGUCUUUGCUUCUCAAACGUUGCUUCAAGGGGACAUCGUGCCUGUCUACGAAGGUGACCUCGUGGAAGAAUUACCAUUCAAUAUAACGUAUGUGCGCCAAUUCCACGCGAAUGACAAGACGUGGUGGGUCGACGGCCUUCGUGUGCUAGAGGAAGGAAAGGCGUCGGAUCUGACCAAGACGAUCAAGACGAACAAGGAGCUCUUUGCUGUGUACGGCAAGCGGUACAGAUUGUAG